CGCGGACUUCCUGAUGCCGGACAGCGUGUGUAUCCCGCCCGCGUUCACACAACACACUCGGCUGGGGACAUGUAAACGGGACGCGUUCGCGAGCUACGAAGGUCAUGAGUGCCUUGAGGAGAACAGCUGUUGAGAAGAAGCUCACCUGGACCACACACCCCAAACAACCUCCAGCAGCACAGUAUGAGGUAAAGAAAAAGCGGAGGUGGAGCCGUGGGAGGAGACCAAUUUUGAACUGUAUAAAGCAGUGGACCGUUUUGGAUUCCUACAUGAGGGUGAGCUUGUGUAUGACAUAGUGGAGGAAAAGCAAAAGCAGCUGGAAGUGGAGAGAACGACAAAAUGGCUGAAAAUGUUGAAGAGCUGGGAGAAAUACAAGAACAGCGACAAGCUGGUGAGGAGGAUCUACAAGGGCAUCCCGCUGCAGCUCAGAGGACAGGUGUGGUGUUUGCUGCUCGACAUUCCCAAAAUCAAGGAGGAGAAGAAGGACUUCUAUGAGAAGCUGAAGAUCAGAGCGAGGGGUUUGUCUCCAGAUGUCCGUCAGAUUGAUCUGGAUGUGAAUCGGACAUACAGAAAUCACAUCAUGUUUAUGCACCGCUACGAUGUCAAACAGCAGGAUCUGUUUCAUGUGCUCACAGCUUACUCUGUGUACAACACGGAGGUUGGCUAUUGUCAGGGCAUGAGUCAGAUCACUGCGCUGUUACUCAUCUAUAUGAAUGAGGAAGAUGCUUUCUGGGCGCUUGUUAAACUGCUGUCUGGACAGAGACACACCAUGCACGGUUUCUUUGUACCAGGGUUCCCUAAACUUAUGCGCUUCCAGGAGCAUCAUGAUCGUAUUCUGCAGAAGAUGAUGCCUAAACUCAAACAACAUCUAGAUAACCAGGAGGUCUACACCAGCUUAUACACUAUGAAGUGGUUCUUUCAGUGUUUCUUGGACCGGACUCCAUUCACGCUGACACUGAGAAUAUGGGACAUUUAUAUUCUGGAAGGAGAGCGAGUCCUGACUGCAAUGUCUUACACCAUCCUGAAACUUCACAAAAAAACACUUUUGAAGCUGUCUAUGGAGGAGCUGGUGAAGUUUCUACAGGUGACUCUGUCAAACGAUUUCUUUUUUGAGGACGACUUUGUUAUAGAGCAGCUUCAAAACUCCAUGUCUGAGCUCAGACGGUCUAAACUGGAGCUGCCACCUCCAGGUAAGGAGGACGAGUACCCUAAGAAACCAUUAGGUCAGCUUCCCCCUGAGCCUCCAGGAUUGGCAGCAGCAGCAACCAAUCAUGUGGCUAACGGGCAGCCGGUGGGACAAACAGGAGAGGGUCUCCCCCCUCGUGGUCCAAGCCCUGCCGUAAGUGUCAAUAAACGAGUAGACUCUGGUCCCGUCACCGAUGGCACACCCGAGAGGUACCAAGACAGUCGGCCGCCCAGCUCACUGGACAAGUUUCAUCAUCCAGAUAAGAUUGAGAGGGACGGAAGGGGCGUAUACGCUAAUAAGGAAAGGGUGCCAGUUGGUGGAAAGGCUUCAACCCAGAACCAGGCAAAUCACAACUCCAAUGCAAGAUCUAGCAUGCGCAGAGAAAUUGGACCUCGGUGGGUCAAGCCUUCCGAGGGCAAACUGGAAGCAGUCAAAGCUGCAGCACUUCGGGAAAGCCAGUUGAGCCUAGCUACGGGUGUCCCACCCUCACCCAGCUCCCCGACUCCAGAUGAGGCCACCGGGGCACAGCGCCGACCCCGUUCACGAGCAUUUGCUCCAGGCUCCAACCGGGCUUCCAAUGCCUCGCAAUACGACAACGUCCCGGGACCAGACGGAGAAGUUAUGGAGAUUAUAGAGCUGGAGAAACCACCCUCUCGCCCCCCAUCCCGACCAUUCGUCGGACCUCCUUUGAGACAAGGCAGUCCCACCCGCCCCCCUAGUGGUGGAACUGGAGUCUCCCCCUUUAGGGUCCCCAAGCAGAGCAUGAUGCAGUCCAAACCAGAACCCCGUGCCCCUUUGCACUACCCACCUGGCAUGACGCCUGUCUACACUCCCUACAUUUCAGAAACCCGUCAAGAGGAGAGACUAUACAGCCAGUCGUACACAGAGCAAAUUUACGCAACUACAGGACGUGGCUCCUCUAAUCCUUCGCCAGAGAAAACUGUGAUGAACAACAGCUACUUAACCUACCGACGGCCACCACCAGACAUGCCCCCUCUCAGGGUUGCUCCUGCUGAGCUGUCGUCCCAGAUUGACAGUGCUGGCGAGGGUGUGUAUUACUUGAGACAGCCCACGCGACUGAUAGGUUCUCCUGCUUACCCACCUACAGAACUGCGUUACGAGGGAAACAGAAGAAGAGAGGGCUGGUACGGGGAUGUGGAGGCAGGGCCUCCGCGGUCUCCUGCGGGAGUACCUCGAUCUCCUAGCUUCCAGAAAGCUCAGCUGUCUCCCGUUCAUCCAGUUCAGGAGUUUAACUUUGCCCAAGCAAAUAUCUCAGAUGCUGUGCUUCACUUCAGAGGACCCUACCAAGAGCACUCAGGCAGGCAACAGCUCCCCCCACUGUUUGGAGGAGCACACUACAGGCAAGCGCAGGAGGCCUUCGCAAUGCAGGAGUCCAUGCUGCUCUGAGAGAGACAGAUCAAGAGGAAAACACUGUAUGAGUGACGACUGGCAAGCAAUUGCGUUGGUUUAAUGUUUUUGAGUUUAUGUUUUGUUUGUUCGUCUGUUCGUCUUACAAGUCUUAUCAAGCAAGAAUUGCCAGUUUCAGGCAUUUCUACCGAUCAAAGACCGACUGAAGAAUUUUAACUUUUUUUCCGUAGCUUUUUCUUUGUAAAAGAAAUAACCAUUAACUGCCGAUGUGAGCUAUAUAACAGAGCUUAAAUGUGCAAACAGAGAUUUGUGUUGUUUGUUUGGUUGGCACACUGAGAUAUUUAAAUGGAGGGUUAUGGCGAGUCUUUCUCGUAUGGACAAACUCAGUUACUGAUCGAUUAUCAUCUAUUUUUUUAUGCGUUUCAGACAUAAGCAUGUACUUUAGAGGACACUUUAUUCCUUGAUUGUGAAUAUAUUUUUUAAGAACAAAGAUUUGUGUAGGUUAGAUAUGUAUAGUUCUGAACAACUAUAACAGUGAACAUAAUCGCUGUUAGACAGAGCAUUUCAAUGCAUUACUACAGUGUUGAUAUGAAAGUAAAAACCUUGUUUGUAAGGUUUGUUUUUGAGGUUAUAGAUAUAUAUAUAUAUAUAUGAAAAUUCUGAUAUUUAAUUUUAAGUUGAAAGGGACGUUUAUGGAGUUUGUGCGAUUUUUAAAAUCUGACCAGCAAGUAGAGGCCAGAUUUCAGUUUCAUUUCAUCAUGGUUAAAACUUUAUAAAUUAACUGACUGAUUUGAGUAAAAUCACUGAAGCUGCCAUGGACGCGGCCCAGACAUGACUACCUUCUGUUAUUGUAACUAUAGCAGGAAAUUCUGUAGGGUGAUUUCAAGUAAAUUGGGCCACUUUUAACUGAUAUGUUUGUCUGUGAUUCCCAGUGCAAAUUAUGCAAGUAUAUACAGUAAUAAGUUGUAGCAUGCAGCUGAUGUGUUAAGUUGGUUGUACCUGUGCUAUGUGGAAUUCUUCUAAUGGAUAUUUUAUUGCAUUUUUGAAUUUAUAUUUCACAAAAUAGCACAGGUUUUACACAGUCAAGCUGUAUAAACGAACCGCAGAGUCUCACUGAAUACCAUUUCCUAAUCUUAUUUGUGAAACUAGAUUAAAGCUGCGUCACUGUAACCCACUAACCUGGUUUUGAGUGAAGGCCUUUUCAUGGCUUCAAAAUGUUUUCAAAUCAUGAUUACAAAAAUUAAGACAAAAUAAGUAGCAUCGCUCGUCUAUUUUGUUUAUCAUUCAUUCAUUCAUUCAAUUUAAAGUCAGGAAUUUCUCUGGAAAUGCGAUUUACAUUGCAUGUGUUUUAUUCUGUAAACUACUGAUGACACAUUUUAAAUAAAAAAUGUAGUCAUUCAAGUCACUAAAAUGCCGUUUUUGGUGAUUUAUAUAUUUAAAAUUGUAACCCUGAUUGUCAAACAUAUCAAAUUAUAGAUACAUUAUUCUGACCAAAUUUAUUCUGACCAAAAAUUAAUAGAUAAAUAAAUAAAUGAAAAAAUAAAUAAAAAUGCUCUGACUGACAAUAUUUUAAUUUGACAUUUGAAAUAAAUGUUAUCAGGCCUUUAUAGAAUAAAACAAAUAUUAAUAUGUUACACUUACACUUACUUUUUUUUUUUUAAACAACAUUCCCUCCACCUACAGGGCCAUGAUAAUAUUAUCCUCUCAUGUUCCUGCAGAUGAAGACAUAAUUAUGACAUAAUACAUAAUAGAUGGAUUAUUUCACAGUAUAGCUUAAUGACCAGUCCAGAAGUCUUACAGAACUGUUUACGCAACACACUUCUAAUGUAUUCUUUUUUGAUGUUUGCUCUUCUUAAUCAAAUCGCUGCAAAAUAAAAUAAAGAAUAAAAAAUAAACACUCCCUUAUUUGUUGUCAUAUAGACAAACAAGCUAAAAUAUUAUUAUCUGCUCUAGUUCCAAAUUGUUUCCUGUCAUUGCAGUAUAUUAAUACACUUCAUUUUGAUGCAGUAUUUCAGUUCAGAUUGUUUGAAUGAACAUUAUUUCUUUGUUAAACUACUAAAUGCAACUUGAUUAUCAGAUUUCCCCUUCUCUAAUAAAACAUGGGGUUAUUAAAAA